AUGACGUCGAAUUACAAAGGAAAAAAGAAAGUACGAGAAUUAACCCCAAAAGUUAGUGACGAAUUACUUUAUGCGAGUUCUCCAAACACGAUAACAGAAAUGGACCUAAGCCAGAAUACCUCGGAUGAUUUGGUUUAUGAAAAACAAAUAAAAAAAGAAAUGCAGCGAUAUAAGCUGGAACGUGAGAUGAUAUGUGUCUGGGGUGAGAAUCGGGACCCACACGUUAGUACACAUGUUACCGGCUGUAACAAUUUAGUUACUAAAAUUCUCCUUGGAAGUUUGACAAAUAGGAGGCCACAUCAC